AUGGAGACUCCUCGCAAGCCAACGGUCACGGGCAUCAAUGCCUUCCACCCCAAGAACCUUGUCGCCAACUUCAGAAUCAAGAAAGCCAAUUUCAAGCAUGGUAUCAAGAGUAAGGAGAACUUCAAGCAAUAUCUGCGCACUCCUGGCUCGAACGCGGACCCCACUGGGUCAUAUUCAUGGAUCAAUGAUGACUUGUUGCCCACGCCACUCUACGCCCGGACCUGGGCAUGGUGGAAUUACUUUUUCUUCUACUUCAGUCUAUCCAUGGACAAUUGGACACUUGGCUCAGUCAUGAUCGGGUGCGGUCUGAAUUGGUGGCAGUCUAUUAUCAUCGUCUUCUCCAGUCAACUCGUCAGCUCCGUUGCCAUGGUCAUCAAUUCUCGGUCUGGAGAAGUCUACCAUGUCGGCUACCCGAUCAUCUCAAGAGCAGUGUUUGGGACUUGGGGCGCAUACUAUGUUGUGUUUGCAAGAUCUGUCCUGGCCAUUGUCUACUAUGCAAUCAAGCUUUACGUGGGGUCGUCCUUCGUUGUCAUCAUGCUGACUGCUGUCUUUGGAGAUUCGUACAGGAAUAUCCAUAAUUCCGUCCCGGCAUCUGUCGGCAUGAGCACUAAGCAGUUCAUUGCCUUCUUUCUUUACUGGCUCGUCCACAUCCCUUUCACGCUUCUGAGACCGUAUCAGAUGCGCUGGAUCUUCACUCUCAAGAUGGUCACGGUGGUCCCAGCAUGCUUCGGCCUGUUUAUCUUCUGCAUGGUAAAAACCAAAGGAAAUAUCGGUGGAGGCCUACCCGGAGCUCCGGCAUCAACAUCCACGAGCUUUGCAUGGUUUGUUGUGUACGCUUUCAACAGCGGGCUUGGGAAUACUGCAAAUAUCAUCACGAAUCAACCUGACUUCAGCCGCUGGGCCAAGUAUAAGUAUGCUUCCAUGUGGUCGCAGCUGAUCGCAAACCCAAUCAGCGUUACGAUCAAUGCCUCACUCGGUAUUCUGGCCACUUCGGCUAUCAAUCAUUCCUGGGGUCUUCAGCUGUGGAAUCCAUGGGACCUUCUCGACGCCAUCUUGACGAGAUAUCCCUCAUCGUCUGUGCGAUUUGCAGUGUUUCUUUGCGCAACCUUCUGGGCAUUGUUGGUCCUCGGCACAAACAUCGCUGCCAACAUGGUUCCGUUCGGGUCGGACAGCACCAUGCUUCUUCCGCGAUACAUCAAUAUGACGAGGGGCCAGUUUUUAGGUCUGUGCCUCGCAUGGGCUGUCAACCCCUGGAAAAUCCUCCAAUCUGCUGCAGUCUUUUUGAACUUCCUCGGCGGCUACAUCAUCUUCAUGGCGUCUGCCGUGGGCAUCAUGGUAGCCGAUUACUUCAUCCUCACCAAGGGCAACAUCUUUCUUAAGCAUCUAUACGACGGCGACAAGUCCAAUCCACACUACUACUACCACAGGGGCUGGAACAUCCAAGCGUACAUUGCCUACAUCGUGGCCGUUGUGAUUCCCUUCCCCGGAUUCUGCGGCUCUCUCGGAGCAAACGUCUCGGAAACGGCCAUGAACAUCGGUCAUCUUGGCUGGUGUCUGUCCUUUGUGGUGUCGAUCGCCGUGUACGUUCCGCUGUGCUAUUUCUGGCCCACCAAGAACCAGAAGCUGAUCAAGAGCAUGGGCCUGAAAUUCGAGCAGAUGGCGAGUGAGGAGCUUGAUCCGACAACACUGCCGAACUUCCACUCGACUUUGAUCCAUGGGCAAGAAGUGAAGGCUGAAGACGAGACGCUCUCGCCCGUGGAAAAGACGGUAGGAGAAAGUACAGUCAUCACAUCGAAGGCGGAUUGACUGUAAGAGGGGGAGGUGAUGUGCUAGAAUAUGUAUGGUAUGGUGGGUUCGUUAAUAGAGAGCGAAGCGAUGAAUGGCCCAAGGUGUCGAUAAGUGGCUACACUCAGAUGAUAAAUGAUGUCUUUCCCUUGUACGGCAGGCGUUCAAUAGUCCUUCCUUAGAAC